UCUGGAAGUGUGCAGCUGGUGGUGUUUUAUUAUUGAAUCUGGUCAGAUCUAUGGGUUAAAACGCUGGGAUCUGUUGGUUUCCCGUGUUCUAACAGAUCUGAGCAGAUGUUUAAAUGAAGGCUGUAAUCUCUGUAGGUGAAUAAUGAAAGAAGGGUGGUGUAGAGUUUCUCCUGAUCUCCGGUAAAGAGGAGCAGCAGAAGAUCCAGCUCUGAUCAGCAGAUCCACACAUCUGUACUCAGACGGCUCUGCUCACCUGCUGCAGAAAUGAAUGCCAUCCUGUUCCAGUCUUCUCCUGCUCUUCGAGUCGCCUUUUCUACCUGGUUGAAUUUUGGCUUCAUAUACACACACAAACUUUGUGCAUUUAGCUGUUGAAAGAGGGCAAGAAUAUGGCAUCCAUAGAAAUCUCCAGUUCCCAGCAAACCUCAAAUGAACAGAUGCAGAAAAGUGCAGACAAGAAUACAGUUUUCCCCUGCUCAGAGUGUGGGAAGAGUUUUAAUCGACAGGAUUCUCUUCUGCGACACCAGCGCAUUCACACUGGAGAAAAACCAUAUCACUGCUUAGAGUGUGGGAAGAGUUUUAAUCAUCAAAGUAAUUUUCACCAACACCAGCGUAUUCACACUGGAGAGAAACCGUAUCACUGUCCAGACUGUGGGAGGAGUUUUAAUCAUCGGACUGAUCUGAACACACACCGCCGCAUUCACACAGGAGAGAAACCGUAUCACUGCCAAGACUGUGGCAAGAGUUUUAGUCGACAAAAUCAACUCAGCAUACACCGGCGCAUUCACACUGGAGUAAAACCUUAUUACUGCUCAUACUGUGAAAAAACAUUUACCACCCAGAGUAAUCUCAAAACACACCUGCUCGUUCACACUGGAGAGAAACCGUAUCACUGCCCAGAAUGUGGGGAGAGUUUUACCAGUGGGAGUAAUCUCAAAACACACCAGUUUAUUCACACAGGAGAGAAGGCAUAUCAGUGCUCAGACUGUGGGAAAAGUUUUACUAAUGGGAGUAAUCUAAAGACCCACCAACGCAUUCACACAGGAGAAAAGCCAUAUCACUGUCCAGAGUGCGGGAGUAGUUUUAAUCUUCAGACUACUCUCACAAAACACCAGCGCAUUCACACUGGAGAGAAACCGUACCCCUGCCCAGACUGUGGGAAGAGUUUUAGAAGACAGAAUACUCUCCAACAACACCAGCGCAUUCACACUAGAGAGAAACCAUAUCACUGCCCAGAGUGUGGGAGCAGUUUUAAUCUUCAGACUACUCUCACAAAACACCAGCGCAUUCACACUGGAGAGAAACCAUAUCACUGCCCAGACUGUGAGAAGAGUUUUAAACAGCUGAUUACUCUUCAACGACACCAGCGCAUUCACACUGGAGAGAAACCACAUUACUGCUCAGAGUGUGAAAAGAACUUCAGGCAUUCAAGUACAUUUAAGAGACACAAGUGCACUAACAGCAGAAAUCAAUCCAGAUUUCAAUCCAGUUCAACCCAAAUGUUUACAAAGGAAAAACCUUCUCUUGAAAGUUUUUAAACCAGUUUCUAAAUCAAAUGCAUAAAACAAACUAUAAGUGUGUGCAAAAUGACAAAUUCAGCCUUCAGCCCAUACAUUGAAGACAUCCUUUCAACCCAGAUCCUGAAGUAGAUCAUUGUGCUCCAGUCUGACAGUUAAGCUCCAUUCUGAAGAUAUUCUGGAUGUAAAGCAUGAAACAGUUUGAGAAAUGUGUUUUAUAAUAUUGCUAAAAUGUUUUCUCAUCUAAACUGUCUUCCUAUUUCCAGUGUCUAAUUCCAGCAGUUACUUAUCCUGUGUUAGCAUUGCUAAUAUUGCCACAAUUUUUAUUUACCCCCAGAAAUCAGAUUUUAAAAUUAUAUUCUGCUAUACGAUUCAAAUGUAGGGUUACAUGUUGGAAUGCAGUGAUUGACAGCCUGGGCUGGAACACACUGGAUUAAUCCAGAAACUUUCGCUACUCCUCCUUCCUUCCUACUGGAGCAGUAUUUGGGGAAAUUGGACAGGUGAUCCCUUUUAG